ACCUAUAUCUAAGCCUUCGUCAGCGGAGGGUUCAGUGCUAUCCGCAACCUUGUGCAAGAAAAAAUAUUUCGUUUCUAGUGUUAAUGUGGCGAGAAACGAAGCCGGAUUGCGUUGCAAGGCGAUGGACAUGUCGCUCUUGGCUGUCACUUCCCUCGAGGAACUGAGCUGUCUUGCCAGUUUGAAGGAAGUUGUUGGUUCGUUCUGGACGGGUGGCUCGAAUGUCGACGAGAAAUGCGAAUCCGGAAAAAAGUAUGAGUGGUGCUCGACUGGCCACAUCAUGUCCUCGGCGUUGGUCUCUUUGUCCAACUUCUGGAUGCCAUCGGACGUCCCUCCUUCCAGUCUAGAAAGCUGUCUGGCUGUUUUAGUUUCGUCCCCUGAGAAGAAGGGGAUGGUGCAUAGGAAUUGCGACGAUCUUCUGCCCUACAUCUGCCAGUUCGCAGUAGACUGUCCUAAGACGUGCACCAAAAACACCUCUUUAUUUGACACGGCUGGCAACUUGAUGAACAAAAUAUCGUAUGGAAUUUGGACUGAUAUUGGAAAAUACACGUACCUCCUGGGAAACAAACCAGUAAAUUCAUUUAAUAAGUUGUAA